UCGCGACUUCGCGUUUCCCGUCGCAAAACGGUUCAUCCUUUCCAAUAUUGCCACAAAACGGUCUCAAGGUUAUUGCCAUAGGAUUCCGUGGCUUCUCCUGCUUUCAAUUGUAGAAUUCUGUUUAAUUUCUCCUUCGUCAUCAUGCCUCCGAAGAAAGAACCCAUCAUCAGCGCGUUCGAGCGCAAGCGCCUCGAGAACAUCGCGAACAAUAACGCGAUUCUAAGCGGGAUCAGCACAACUGCUGAGAAAAUCAUUCCAAAACCCGCCCCGCCAAAGCCGAAGCGCGCGAGCACACCGCGUGCCAAACGAGAACCCGUCAAGCGCGAGACUGUUCGUCCGACGCGACAGAGCAGCAGACUCGCGGGGCUCGAUGCGGACGCGGGCACGCUCAAGCGCAAGGCCGAGGUGGAGGCCGAGGUUGAGGCUGAAAAGGCAAAAGCGAAAAAGAUGCGCGUUAGCGGGGACCUUAACCUUGGCGAUAUCCAGGUGGAGGGGCGCAAAUGGGAGAACGGCCUCGACGGGCUGGCGGGGCUGAAAGGCCUUACGGCCAGGGGCGCGCAACCGGGCAUAAGAACGUUUACGGAUGAGGACGUAAAAGGGACGACAGAUAAGGGGCUCAAGGACCUAAGGCUACGCAUGAGCGGCCUGAAGCUUUACGAGAAGUGGCCUGUCCAAGACAUCAAAAUCGUACCACAACGAGUUUACUCCUUGGGUUUUCAUCCAACGGAAUCCAAGCCGAUAAUAUUUGCCGGUGACAAGGAGGGCGCCAUGGGGGUGUUCGAUGCGUCACAGGAACCCGUCAAGGCUGAAGAUGACGACGACGACGAAGCCGACAUCCCCGACCCUGUAAUAUCCGCGUUCAAGACGCACUCACGCACGAUCACCUCAUUUCACUUCUCCCCGGUCGACGCCAACGCCGUCUACUCAGCCUCUUACGACUCGUCCAUCCGUAAACUGGAUCUCGAUAAGGGCGUCUCAACCGAAGUCUUCGCCCCGGCAGACGCAGACGAAGAUCUCCCGAUCAGUGCAAUCGAUAUGCCAACCUCUGAUUCCAACAUGAUUAUCUUCUCCACGCUGCAGGGCUCCCUCGGUCGGCACGACCUCCGCACAAAGUCCUCGACUGCAGAAAUAUGGGGACUUACAGACCAAAAGAUCGGCGGCUUCUCCCUGCACCCUUCACAACCACACCUUGUAGCGACGGCCUCUCUGGACCGCACGCUCAAGAUCUGGGACCUGCGCAAGAUCCAAGGCAAAGGCGACGCGCGCGCGCCGGCGCUCCUGGGCACGCACGACUCGCGACUGUCGGUCUCACACGCGAGCUGGAGCAGCGCCGGCCACAUCGCGACGUCGAGCUACGACGACCGCAUCAAGAUCUACGCCUUCCCCGACGCGGGCAAGUGGAGCGCCGGCGCGGAGCUGACCGAGGCGCAGAUGAAGCCCGCGCGCCAGAUCCCGCACAACAACCAGACCGGGCGCUGGGUCACCAUCCUCAAGCCGCAGUGGCAGCGCAGCCCGCGGGACGGGCUGCAGAAGUUUGUGAUUGGGAAUAUGAACCGGUUCGUCGACGUGUUUGCGGAGGAUGGCGAGCAGCUCGCGCAGCUGGACGGGGACGGCAUCACGGCGGUGCCGGCGGUGGCGCACUUUCACCCGACCAUGGACUGGGUUGCUGGGGGGAAUGGGAGUGGCAAGUUGUGUUUGUGGAUGUGAAGGGAGAUCAGAUGGGUGAGGCCAUGGAUGUUAUCUUGGGUAUGGAUUGGAUGCGGCAAGGUGACUUCAACUUGACUUUGGUGUUAACUACCGCGACGGCGUUCGAACGUUGGCGGCAGCGUCUGGGUCUUCUGUAACCGCAUUUUGUUGGCCGUGUUCGUGCCA